AUGGCUGAGAUUGCAGAAUUAAAAAGAGAAAAGGUCGAAUUCUUAGCUAAGGAAGCGAGGUCUAUGGCUAGAAUAAUAGAAUUGGAACAAUCCAUAAAAGAGAGUGCAGAGAACAAAAAAUUACGAGACACCGAACUCAAUGAAGGGAAUGCUAAGCGAGAUGCUGAAAUUACAGAGCUUAGAUCCAAGAUAGCAAAAUUAGAAUACAUCAUUGAGGAAAACAGACUCAAAAUAUCCCGCUCCGAAGAAAAUUGUAACAAAACUAUUACUAAUGAACAGGAUAUACCUCCUACAGAAGAAAUUCUGCCCACAUCAUCUGAGAACAAUUUUGACUGUACCAGCUCCACUGAAGAUUCGGAGCAAAAUCCUAAUAUUGCUCUCUGA